UGCCCCUCCCCGCGCACACGCUGAGUGUUCAAGCAGGCUGUGUAAAUUGCCUGAGUUUGAAUGUUCGGUCUACUGAAGGCACCGUGUUCAGACAACCGAUCUCUCCGUUAUUAACCCAGAAAGUGGGCUAUCCACCGAUGUUCCUUCCGAAUUCUUAUUUGAGUUCAGGAAGUUUUACAUAAUAUGGAGAAGAGAUGCAGAAAAUAAGAAGUUAUUUCAAUUACGAAACAACUUGUUUUACUGUAUAUCCGUUCGCUACAUCGUGUCACACAACAGCUGGAAUAUGUAUUGAAACAUUGGGACUAAUUUCGAAUGGAAGCUUAUCGAAGCGCACGCUGUUAGUAACUGCGUAGCUAGCUAAUGCACUAUUUGCGUGUUCAUGGGAUUUUAACGACUACAGAACAAGUUAUCCUGUUCAAUUCACUUUCGAAGAGAAAUCUCAGACUGGAUGGUACUAUCAGCCGAAAUCGGUCUGUUUGAAUCAGUGAAACUACCUUGGCCCACGCAAGGAGUGAUCGCGGAUGCUAUUUACGCUGCAAGGAUUGUCGGAGACACCAAACUAUCCCAAUUUGAAUGCCUUUGCAAGGAAUUAGCUGGUUUCUGUGCUGCAGACAGGGGUUCAGUUUGUUAGGAAGGGACUAUGGGGAGAAAGAGGAGGAAGAAUCUUUUGAGUUGCGCUGCAAGGACGAGACGACGUACAACGGGAGGGGCCCGCUGGAGGUGACUCUCUCUCAGCCUACACGGACAGCCAAUGGACCAAGCAGCAUUUCAGAUGUCCCAGACGAAAUGAGGAGCCUCAUCAUCGAGAAGAGCAAGAUGGGGUUUGAUGAGGACCCAGAACUGGUUGUCAAAGGUUGGCUGUACCGGGAGGUGCGUGGGGGCUGGAUCCGACAGCGGCGGCACUGGUUCGUCUUGACUCAGGACUCCCUGGACUACUAUACCAGCCAGGAGAAGAACGCCCGCAGACUGGGCACCUUGGUGCUCACCAGCCUUUGCUCCAUCAUCUGGCCCGACAAACAGACCUACAAAGAGACUGGUUUCUGGAGCAUAACGGUGUAUGGUCGGAAACACUGCUACCGGCUGUACGCCAAACACGUCAACGAGGCCGUGCACUGGGCCUGUGCCAUUCAGCAGGUCAUCGACAGCAAGGCCCCAGUUGAGACACCCACCCAGCUACUGAUUCGAGACAUCGAGGAGAAUAAGUUUAACCUGGAGGUUGUGGAGCAGAUCUACCAGCACAACCCCAUCCUAAAGUACACUCAAAACCCCCUGUAUGCCCCACUCUUGCCUUUCCCCUAUGGCAGCCUGGACCAUACCUACCACAGCGGGAAGGGCUACACCACCCUACGGGACGAGGCUGUGAAGGUGUUCAACUCGCUGCAGCAGCUAGAGACGGCGCGGGAACCCGUGCCGCUGAUCCAGGGAGUGCUGCAGACCUGCCUGGACUUGCCCCCGCUGCAGGACGAGGUCUACUGCCAGCUGGUGAAGCAGACCAGCGGCGUGCCCGCUCCUGACCUGCCUGCUCCCGACGUGCCCGCUAACCUGCGGUACUGGCAGCUGCUCACCUGCAUGAGCUGCACCUUCCAGCCCGGGGCACCCGUGCUCAAAUACCUGCGCUUCCACCUCAAAAGAGUCCAGAGCCUGCAUCCAGAUUCGGAGAUGGACAACUACGCAUCCUUCAUCUCGGAAGCUCUGGAGAAGACGAGGUGCCGGGAGUGUGUGCCUUCCUGGGAGGAGAUUCAGGUGUUGAUGAGCCGGCAGGAGAUGAUGUGCACGGUGCACUACCCUGGACCAGGGUCCUGUCAAGUUCCCAUCAGCUCCCACACCACCGCCGAUGAGCUGGUGAAGAAGAUUUUGGAGCGGCUGGGGUUGCAGCACAGCCGCAACACCUUUGCUCUUUUUGAGCAGAGCGCGCAGCGGGAGCGACCAAUAGGCGGCAGCACCAUCAUCGCUGAUAUCCUGACCAGGUUUGAAAACAUUUUCACCAAGGAGUCUGAGUCAGACGCUCAGUGGAGACUUUGCUUCAAGUUGUACUGCUUGCUGGACACAGAAAGUAUCCCUACCGACAGCAUAGAGUACACCUUCCUCUUUGAGCAGUGCCAUGAGAUGAUGGUGAGGGGUCAGCUCCCGGCCUCGGAAGAGGACCUGCAGGCCCUGGCUGCCCUGCGGCUGCAGUCUCUAAUCGGGGACUUCAGCACUCAUUCCCCCUCCCCGCCCUUGGACGAGCUUUUCCCCGGCCACGUGGUAGAGGCGCGGGUCCUGCUGGCCCUCAAGACGCCCCAACCCCCUUCUUCCACGGCCCCUGCCCCCCAGGCCCCACCCUCGGGCUGCCCGCAGCGCUUCCCCAACGGCCUCCUCACGGGGGCGCUGUGGAGCCACACGGCCGCCCACAAGCAGAAGGCGGAGCAGGACCUGCGUCUGCGGGGCCGACUGAAGGAGGAGGGCGCGCUGGUGAUGGGGGCCAUUGUGGAGCGCUGGAAGGGCCUGGCUGGGUCCAGCCGGGAGGAGAGCAUGGCCGCCUACCUCGCCAUCGCCCGCCAGUGGUCCGGGUUCGGCUGCACGCUGUACGAGGUAGACUUCUACAUCAGCUCCACAGGCAGUUUCUCGCAGAAGUUGUGGCUGGGGGUGGCAGCAAAGUCGGUGUCGCUUUACAGGCAGGGGGAUGCAGAAGCCUUGGAGUCCUUCCCCUAUGGACAGAUCUGUUCCUACGGAGUAUCCGACAGCAACACCUUCAAGAUCACCGCCGGGGACCGGGACCUGCUCUUUGAGACCAGUAAGGUACAUUUGCUGACAGAAAUCGUACAGCUGAUGAACGCCUACUUCAGUGCAGCUUGCCGACAGCAGGUGCAAGGCAGGACUGAAACUGAGGGAGGCUUCUGUUUCACCCCCAGCGUCCUGGAGGUGCCCUCUCUCCCAGUCUGAGGUGACCGCUCCACGACCCUCAGUGCUGAGACUGUUUGAGCACUGAGCUUUGUCUGCGUGGAGGAGGAAACAAUAAACAAGCAUUAGGAUGUUGAUUUAUUCAGCCAAAACGAUACAGUUCACCAAGCUGUUAAACUCAACGG